AUUUAACCCGCUUAUCAAAAUAAGAAAAAAAUUAAUAAUAAUUAUUCAUUCUUUUCUUUCUUUACUUUAUUACAAAAUAUUAUUUAAUUUAAUUGAUACUUGUAUACAAGUACAAUUUUAACUACUUUUUACAAUCUAUAAAAAAAUAUAUAUAUUACAUAUUACUUUACUUUCAAUCAUUAUAAAUAAUAACUAUACUAAUAUGGCUCCAUAUAAUCAGAAUGAUUUCUUACUUAGUCUCGGCUCUGUACGUGAAAGAUGUUUUAAAGUACAUGAAGCGGCUACACGCAAUAGGUUGAAACAUUUUGAUAUUGAUCAAUCAAAGUUGGAAGAAAUGGUUCAAUUUGUUGUAUCUAUUAUUAAACGAGAUUAUGAUAAUCCUUCUGAUAUCCCUCUUUAUGGUCGUUGGCGCCACUUUGAUAUAGGUGGAAGACGCCGUCUUGAUAAUCUAAUCCAAACUUGGGCUAGUGUUGGUCAAGAUACAAUAGAGCAAACAAGAAAACUAAUUGAUAUAUUGGUUAUUGCAUGUCUUAUGGAUAUGAAGCCAUGUCAAGCUUGGUCUUAUACUGAACAUUCUACAGGUAGAGUGUUCAAAAGAAAGGAUGGUAUUGCUAUUGCUAUAUUGGAUAUGUUCAUAAAAGGCUUUUUUUCAAAUGAUCCAGCUCAGCCUCAUCGAGUUGACUCUGAGGCGUUAUUGAAUCUUUCAUUUGAUACACUCUGUAAAGAACUUCAAUUCAAUGAUGAUAAUUCAUUCGUUGAUAUUGAGGUAAGAUUUGAAGCUCUGAAAAAUCUUGGAUCUGUAUUACAAAAUAGAACAGACUAUUUUGGUAAUAAUAUAAGACGUCCCGGAAACCUAAUAGACUAUUUACUCGAUCAUCCUACUACAAUUAAAACCAAAAAGGGACCAUUAAUUAGUAUUGAGACAUUGUGGCCUGUUGUUCAAGAGAUGGGCGAAUUAUGGGCUGCUGAAGAAAACAGAGGUGGUACAAGUGGAUUAGGUGACGUUUGGCCUUGUACAGCUAUACAUGAUGAUAGUAAUCUUGUCUCAUUUCAUAAGCUCUCUCAAUGGAUUAUCUAUUCCGUGAUUGAGCCUAUGGAAAAAUUACUUGGAGCAACCAUUGAAGGCACUGAUCUGUUAACACCCCUUCCUGAUUACUGUAAUGGUGGCUUCCUUAUCGAUACUGGUUUUCUGACUUUAAAGCCUGUCGAUUACGAACGUGGUAUUAAAAAUUAUCAAGCCAAUUCUCUUUUGCCUUAUCAGCCCAAGGUUGAGGUGGCCCCGAUGUUUGAUAUGUCGGACCCAGUCGUGACUGAAUGGCGUGCAUUGACUGUAGCCUAUUUGGAUUUGAUAGCUGAUCGUGUUCGUCAAACGUUGAGAUUAAGUAAAAAAUUUCUUUCUUUAAGUCAGCUUAUUCAAGGGGGAACAUGGAGUGCAGGAAGAGAAUUAGCAGAGAUUUCUCGACCAAAUACUCAUGAGCCCCCCAUUGUAAUCAAAGUAAGAUAUAUAUCUUUUCUUUUUGGGAAAAUUGGAUAAUAAUUUAUUUACUUUCUCUCUCUUCAAUUAUAGGUAGAUAAGAGGGUUAUUUACUAAUAGCUAUUCCUUUUGAUUUAUGUAAUAUUAUGCAAUAUUUAAUUUCGUUUUUUUUUUUUUAUAAAUACAUAUUUGUAUAAUAAUAAAAAUCGAAAAUAAUAUAGCCUUUC